UUGGUCAUAUCACCCAUUUUAGUUUUUCUUUGGAACUAUUGUUUUUAUAGCACGCUGAUCAGCAUCGCUGAUAAAGUGGAAGCAGUUGGACGUGUUCAUCUGUUACGUACAUUUGUGUUGUACUAUUUUCGCUCAGCAACAGUGCGAACAAAAUCGAGUCCCGAAGAUGAGACAAUACAUUCGGCACUGUGCCGAUAUGUCACAACAUAUAUGACCAACAUAGAGAGCGAUACUGAAGCGCUUUCUAUGGCUUUUCGGCAAUUUUGGUUUCUCUUCGUUAUUGCUGCGAAAAGCAUGGCAUUACGGUUACUGGAUGUCGGUUUAUACAAGGUGCCAAGAGGAAAUCGUUUUUCACCGGAGUUGUUGUUUCGAAUUGGUUCAAUGAUUGAUAAAGUUGUAUCGCUUAUCAUUGCAAAACAUCGCGAUCUCCCACAGGAAUGUCGACAUGCAAACUCUGCUCUCGCCUAUUUUUUGAGGUACUGCCUGAGUUUUAUGAAUCGUGGUUCCGUGUUUUCCUGGAUUCAUUGCGCUGUGGAAAAAAUGGAUGAAAGUGAUUCAAGGACAAUCCGUUUUCAUAAACUGGAAUUCCUGCAAAUAAUUUUUGGCCAUGAACAUCUGGUACCCCUGUGCCUGCCAGUGAUGUGUGAUGCUUCUGGGAAUAUCUUCAGGAAAUACGGAAGCUUCAGUUCGGAUGGCAUAGGUAAGUUGUUCUCUACUCAUGUUUACUUUUCGUUGAAGAUUUUUUUUUUGUUUUAUGGACUGAUUCGAAAUUGUUAGAA